AUGCCAAAAUUAUAUAACUUUUAUAAUUUUUCUAUAACUAACAAUAUUUUUAAAAUCUUAUGCAUUAGAAAUUUUUCAAAUAUCCGAUGUACCCCACACAAAAUUUGGAGAUUGCAUGAGAUUCAAACAUAUGCAACCAAAACUAUCCAGGUACCUCAAAUGGCAGAAUCAAUAACAGAAGGAACAUUAAAACAAUGGAAUAAAAGAAUUGGGGAUUUUGUAAACCAAGAUGAAGAAAUUGCAACAAUAGAAACAGACAAAAUUGAUGUUUCAAUUAAUACACCUGUUUCGGGAAUUUUAAAAGAAAUCUUAAAACAUGAAGAGGAUAUUGUACAAACAGGUCAAGACAUUUGUAUUAUUGAAUUAAGUAAUGAAUCACCAAAAAAUACGAUAGAUUCUAAACUUUUUGAAAGCACAAAAAAUAAAGAAACUAUUGAAGAGUCAAAAUUAUCUGAAUCAAAUAAAAAUAAUAUUUUUUCGGAAACUGACUCUAAAAAGAAUAUAACAAAUAAAAGAAAAAACGAAACAGAAAAUCUUAGUCAAACUAUACCUAUUUCUGAAAAUUCUGAAUUUGAUUCAUCUAAUAUAUCUAAAGUAUUUAACAAUAGACAAGAAUAUUCAGUAAAAAUGAAUCGAAUGAGAUUGCGUAUUGCUUCUCGUUUAAAAGAAUCUCAAAAUGCAGCAGCUUUUUUAACAACUUUUAAUGAAGUUGACAUGUCAAGUGUGAUUGAGAUGAGAUCUCUCUAUAAAGAAGAAAUUCUUAAAAAAACUGGGAUAAAACUAGGAUUUAUGAGUGCUUUUAUCAAAGCAUCUGUUACUGCAUUAAAAGAAAUCCCUGUCAUAAAUUCAUCUAUAACUGGGCCAAAUGGAGGUGAUACAAUCAUUUAUCGAAACUAUGUAGAUAUUAGCGUAGCUGUAGCUACUCCUAAAGGAUUAGUUACACCUGUAAUUCGUAAUGUAGAGACUUUAAAUUUUCUUGAAAUUGAGAAAACAAUAUCAGAAUUGUCUUCAAAGGCUCGUAACAACAAGCUUGCUUUGGAAGAUAUGGCGGGGGGGACUUUUACAAUAUCUAAUGGAGGAGUUUUCGGAUCAAUGCUAAGUACACCAAUUAUAAAUCUUCCACAGACGGCUAUUCUAGGUCUACAUGCUAUUAAAGAUAGACCCGUAGUGGUGAAUGGUCAAAUAGUUAUUCGUCCUAUGAUGUAUCUGGCUUUAACAUAUGAUCACCGUAUUGUAGAUGGACGUGAAUCUGUUACAUUUUUGCAUCUAAUUAAGGAAUUUAUAGAAGAUCCUAGAAAACUUUUAUUAUAA